AUGUCAAUUGCCAAAAAAUUGAUCCCGUUGGCGGUGGUGGCAGCGCUAGUGCUUGCUGACGAUAUGGACAUGGAUAUGGACGAGAAGGUCGAGUUCCAUCCGGUCAAUGCGGGCUCCAAGACGUUCCACUGGAUCACUACCUUAUUCUUGCUUUUGAUCUUACCGUCAGUUUCCUCGGUAUUGGCGUUUGCCGAGGUUUUCCACUUGGCUUCGGUAUUCCAUAUUGUUUCUUUGGCCUACUCUGCGCUUGAGUCGUUGUUCUUGGACUUUCCUGAUAACGUGGACAAUCAUGAGAAUAGAACCUCCAAGGGAACCAGCUGGUUCUUGACAUGGGAGCUUGCUGCAACGGUUUUUCUCGGUACAUUAAUCAACGGCUCCAAUAUCGUCAUGAACAAGUUCUGGCCUCAGAAGGCUCAGUCCUUCUCAACAUCGUCCAGAAUGGCCAUACGAGCAUACAAGACAGUGGCCUUCACUUCUGUCUUGACCGGCUGGGUUCGCGUUUGCAUGGCGCCGGUGGCCCUUUUUGGCUUUUGUUACGGCAAGGCCACGGGCCAGUGCAUUGCUCAUGGAAUCAUGGGUUCUUCCUUUAUCUUGUACGGGUUCGUUUUGGCGUGGGUCCUCACAAUCCCAUGGAUCAGAAACCACCGCAGACUCAAUGGUGAUCCCAACGUGAAGAGUCAAGAGUUCUGGGACUCGACCAUCAUGUGUCUCUGGGGAAUUGUCAACACUUUCACUGAACACAGAUGGGGAAGAGAAGAGUGGAACCAUGGUGAUUACCAGCAUACCUCCAUGGGUAUCAUAUGGUGGUGUGGUGGACUUCUAGGAAUGUGGCUUUCGAGGAAGAAUAACACCAGAAGCGUUGUUCCCGCGUUGCUCUUGAUAUAUACGGGCUGGGCGAUGUCAGAUCAUUCACAGCACUUGGUGAUCUCCACAAAAGUUCAUGGUCUAUUCGGCCUCGUACUUAUGUCUGGUGGACUCUCAAGAAUUGUUGAAAUUUGCUUCUUGCUCAAUGACAAUGGCGCUACUGAAAACGGCAAGAUUCUCACCUUUCAGCACAUCCCACCCUUCAGCUUGGUUCUCUCGGGGAUUUUGUUCAUGUCUGCGAACGAGGAGCAGCUCAACCUCGUUCACGACUUGGGUGCUGACCAUUCGUCAUAUAUUUUAGUGGUGAGUGGUGCUGGAUUUUUGAUCUACUUGUGGAUGCAGAUGCUCCUCACAUUGUACUUGCAUUUAGUGGGAUAUGACGAGAACGGAGAGCUUAGUAAGCUUGAUGGGUAUGCCAAUAUCACAUCUGACGAUGUGGACAAUUUCGAGCUUGACGACUUGAGUGACGAAGACACCCGUGAGGCAACCGCAUAG